AUGCAAUGUUAUACAAAUGAAGAAGCAUUAGCAAGUCUCUACAUCAAUGUCUCAACUUCCUUCUUUCUCCUCCUCCUCCUUCUCUACUCCGCCGUCUCCCUCCUCCUCAAUCUCUUCCACUUCAUCGGCGGCUACCCUCUCCUCCAAAGGAGUGAAGAUGAAUAUGAUUCGGCAGCGUGGCUUUCCGAUGAAGAAGAAGAAGAGGAGGAGGAAGAAGAAGAAGGGAGAGAAUUCAAGAUGUCGUGUAAUACAAGUUACCAUGUCAUAUCUAGAAAUAACAAACCGGAUCAUCUGAUAGCUGAUAUAGAAGAAGAUGGAGAAUCUUUAGUGUUUUACAAUAACAACUCCAAAAAUGAACCCAAUAAUCGACACACGAAGGAGUUUAUGAAUGUUCAUCAAACUCAUGAACAAGAAGAAGAAUAUGAUCAAGAUUCCAACAUUUCAUCCACAGAGGAUCACUUUUCCUCUGCCAAUGUUUCUCCUUAUCGCAGCGAAUCAUCACUAGAAGAUGAAGACCAAGGCGUUGAAGAUCUUCAUGACGAUCGUUAUGAUCAUGUUGACGAUAUUGAAGAGACAGAAGGAGUGUCACGUUACGACGUCGUUGAGGAUUUGAUUCGUAAGCGACCAAAUAGAAGUAUACGUGGUCCCUCUCCUCUCCAAAGGGGUUUGGUGUUCAAUGACAAAAGCUACAAUGGAGAGUUUGUCUCUAAGGGAGGAAUCAAGAAUGAAUAUGUGGAGAUACAGCCAUCAUCGAGAUUUGAUACGAGAGAGAUCAAAGCAGAGGAAAUAUUAGAGGAAGAAGAAGAAGAAGAAGAGAGAGGAGAGAUAUUCGGAGAGUCAUGCACGAAUGGGUCAACGUCAAAAAGCUCAUCGGAAUGGAGAAACUCCGUGAAGACCGACGACCCUUUCUCCUCCUCUUCUCGCCGGAGUUGCCCUAAAUGGGAAUCUUACACCGUCUUCCAAAAAUACGAUGAAGAAAUGACUUUUCUCACUAGGGUCUCUGCUCAAAAGCUUCACGAGACAGAAUCGUUAAAGUCAAUCAUGGUGGAGCCAAGAUCAAUAUCGGAGAGGAUCGUUCGAAAGUUAUCAUCAAACGUACACAAGAAAAAACAAAAACAACACACAAGUACUACUACUAAUGGGUCAAGACCAAACCCGUACGUGGAGCUAGAAUCAGCUUACGUGGCACAAAUGUGUCUAACAUGGGAAGCUCUAAGUUGGAACUACAAAAACUUCGAGAGAAAAAGAUCAGCCACGCAACGAAUUAGCUUCAACGACAUCGGAUGUCCCGCCGUGAUCGCCGACCAGUUCCGUACGUUUCAUAUUCUGUUACAAAGAUACGUUGAGAACGAGCCUUAUGAAAAUGGAAAGAGACCAGAGAUAUAUGCUCGAAUGAGAACUCUUGCUCCCAAAUUGCUUCUUGUUCCUGAAUACCAAGAUUACGAGGAGGAGGAGGAGAAACUAGAAGAGGAAGAGGAGGGUUUCAAGUCGAGGAUAACGUCAGCUUCGUUCUUGAUGAUAAUGGAGGAGUGCAUAAGAACAUUCAUGAACUUUCUCAAAGCGGAUAAAGAGAAGCCUUGUCAAAAGAUCAUCAAAGCGUUUUUUGGUAGACCUAAGCGAGGCUCCGUUGAUCCAACCCUCGUCCAUCUCAUGAAGAAAGUCAACACAAAGAAAAAGACGAAGCUGAAAGAGAUGCGUAAAGGAGGGAAAUACAUGAGGAAGAAGAAGAUGAGCAUAGAGGAAGAAAUGGAGAUACUGAUGGGAUUAAUAGAUUUGAAAGUGGUGUCAAGAGUGUUAAGGAUGAAUGAUAUCAACGAAGAGAAGUUGCAUUGGUGUGAAGAGAAGAUGACCAAAGUUAAGAUUAUUCAAGAUGGAAAGGCGCUUCAAAGAGAUUCCACACCACUUUUCUUUCCUCCACAUUGA